GGUUAGAUCAGGAUUUUAGACUUGAAUCUCUAUAGCUUCCCCAUAAGCAGUGUGGUGCAUUGACCAUGACUUACCCGCGACAGCGUCCUGUGAGCCGAGCUCCGGUCCAGUUUUUGUCAAGAUUAAGUUAGUCCGGCAAGUUUGCUGGGGUCACGGCAAUAAAGCUUUUUUCUUCACAAAUCAACAUGUGUUCAAAAGAGUGAUAUAUUUGAAGCACAAACCCGCUGUCUAUGGAGAGGUCAGACCUCGUAAUGGCUUGGCACUAUUUUCUUCCCUGUCAUAUCACUGCGCGCUGCCGCUACCUACAGUCAGCUGGGAGCUGCGCAGGCGCACACCACUUUUUCAGUUGUUCGGCAGUGUUUACAGGUGUGUUUACGUGCUCAAAACAGCUACACGAACGAGCUAACAUAGCUACUCACCAAGAGCGAUCAGUUUGUACAAGCUUUGUACAAAAUGGUGCGGACUUGUGACUAUCCGGACUGUACAAACAAAGAUGUGGCGCUUUCUCCUCACACAUUUCAAAGAUUUCCUGUGGCAGAUGUUGCUCUGAGGCGACUUUGGCUCAUUGCUCUGGGCUUCAAUGUGAACACUAAACUGGCGAAGAUAAAGAAGCUUCGCGUUUGCAGUGCACACUUCAGCGACGACGACUAUGUUUCUCCCUGCCCAGGACAGAGGAAGAAACGUGUUUUGAAGAGUACUGCUGUCCCAGCACCCUGGGCAUGCACUCCUGUUGUGAUGGCUGCAGCAGCCCAGUCUGGGUGCAGUACUGAUUCAAUCCCUGACGAAGUGUACCACGCAUUCUCUGGACUCCCUCAGUCAACCCCUCUGAAGUGCAGAUUUGACCAUAAACACUUGAAGAUGGUUCUCACCAGCCCACCAGAAACCGUUCCAAAAACAAAGCCAUCAACAUCUGGUACAUACUUGGCCCUACCUCCCACCUGUGAACAGUCAAAGUCAGGGAACCCGAGCUCAACAGUUGCAUCUGAGACACUGGAGACAAGCAUGAGUUCCAUAGAGGCACCUAGUGUAGGGGAUGACUGCACAUUUCUUCCUCUGAGUAGUGAAUGUACAUCCACAAGAUCAUCUUCCUCAGACGUGAGCAUUGUGGGAGCAGAAAGGAGAGGUGAUUGGUCUGAGAGGAAGUGGAUUGUGAACGAGUCGGCCCUUAUGGAACUGUUUUCAACUUGUCACACAUGUGGUGUAUCCAUUACUGACAAGAAAAUCACCAGCUGUGGAUCAAAGAUCAAAAUAGAAUGGACUUGUCUCAAUCACCAUACAGGAGUGUGGCAGUCAUGUCCAGAUGUCAGGGGAAUCCCUGAGAAUAACCUAGUGUCCUCAGCAGCCAUUAUUUUCACUGGAACAACACAAAAUGAAAUUGCAGAGUGGGCCGAUCUUCUGAAUUUACAGCUUCCAAAGAAGACAUCGUACUACUCACUACAGUCCACUUAUAUGAUACCUGUAAUUCACAAAGCCUACACUGACAUGCAAGAAAAAAAUAUCGCCCAACUCCAGGAAGCAGCGUCUCAUGGUGGACACACAGAUAUUUGUGGUGAUGCAAGAUCUGACUCCCCAGGCUACAGUGCCAAGUACACCUGUUACAGCUUCAUGGAUGAUGCAACAAAGAAGAUAAUUAUGUCAGACCUAAUUCAGGUAUCUGAGACUACGAGUUCACCAGCAAUGGAGUCUGUUGGUUUCCGGAGGGGUCUGGAUCGUCUGCUGGACUCUGGAGUUAGUGUUGAUGUUGUUACGACUGACCGGGCUCCAUCAAUACGGAAGAUCAUGAGGGAGUCUUAUCCGGAGCUCAGACAUCAGUUUGACCCAUGGCAUGUUGCUAAAGGUGUAAAGAAGAAAGCAACUGCAGCAGCAAGGAAGAAGGAAAACCGGGAUCUGCAGCCUUGGAUCAAGUCUCUGGGCAAUCACUUCUGGUGGUCAUGCAGUUCUUGUGGUGGUGAUGAGAAGGAGUUGAGACGCCGGUGGACCUCUAUCCUGUAUCAUGUGUGUGGUGUUCACCGAUGGGAAGAAAAUGGGCAGGAGUACAGGUGUUACCAUGACGACCUCAUUGAUGACCAACAAAUAAGAAAGAAAUGGUUGAAGAAGGGGUCUGCUUCCUGGAAUGCUCUCAAGGCUGUCGUACUAGAUAAAAAUCUCUUGAGGGUCUUCAGUCAGUUGACUUUAUUCAAGCAUACCGGGAACCUUGAAGUGUUCCACAGCUCUAUGCUGAAGUACGCAGAGAAGAGGCGCCACUUCACAUAUGUCAGUAUGCAGGCAAGGCUUCAACUGAGUGUCAUUGACCACAACCUCAAUGUUGACCGUCAGCAGGACCGUACUCAGUCUGGAAAAGAAAAGUACAAUGUUAUUUACUCCAAGCAAUCAAAGCAGUGGGUUGUAAGGAAGCUGUAUGAGUCAACAUCUCAGGAUUUUCGGAAAGAAUUGGUGCAACAAGUCAUUCAACGGCGAAUUGACAAGAGUGUCAGGCUUGGAGAUCCAGCGUUCCACAUCCAUCCUCCAGUCAGCAUACCAACCAACAUUGCUCCUACUCCAAAGCCAAACAAGGACGAUUUGGUUGCCCAACAUGCAUCACGUUUUCUCCAAAAACAUACAGAGGAUGUCUGAGACAGAAGAAGCCUUGGCCAGUCUCUUACCAGGCCAUAUUGCUUCUUGUAUAUAUUUUACUCCAUUACACUUUAAUUUUUGUAUUUAUUUCCUAAUAAUUUUUAAGUACUGUAUAGCAUCUUUUGGUAAACUUAUGUUGUAAUAAAUGUGCUUUUAUAAGCUAACAUAACCUUACCUUCAACCUUUGUAUAACAGUAAGAUUUAUAAUAAAUAUCACAUCUAUCUCUUAGUGAACAUAGUUUUA